CUCCUCUGCUAGCCCGCGCCACACCAUGCCCGCCGCGGCCGCACACUGCGAUCAGCCCGGCCAUCCACGGUAGCCCGGGUCACCCUAAGCUCCGCCGGCGCGGGUCUGUGGAUUUGAGACCUGACAGCCACAGCCGCAGGCAUUUCUUCGAGAAACAAGCUGAAGUAAUGAGAAGACAUUAUGGAGGCCCAGUCCCACAGCUCCACAGCCACUGAGAGGAAGAAAGCUGAGAAUUCCAUCGCCAAGUGUCCCACAAGAACAGACGUCAGUGAGAAGGCCGUGGCCUCCAGCACCACUUCGAAUGAGGAUGAAAGUCCUGGACAGACCUAUCACCGAGAGAGAAGAAACGCAAUUGCCAUGCAGCCUGAGAGUGUACAGGGGCUCGGGAAAAUCAGCGAGGAACCCUCAACAUCGAGUGACGAGAGGGCCUCGCUGAUCAAGAAGGAGAUCCAUGGGUCUCUGCAACAUCUGGCGGAGCCCUCUCUCCCUUACCGUGGGACUGUGUUUGCCAUGGACCCCCGCAAUGGCUAUGUGGAGCCUCACUACCACCCUCCUCAUCUUUUCCCUGCCUUCCAUCCUCCUGUACCAAUUGACGCCAGACAUCAUGAGGGCCGUUACCAUUACGAUCCAUCUCCUAUUCCUCCGUUACAUGUGCCUUCUGCCCUAUCUAGUAGCCCAACGUAUCCAGACCUGCCCUUCAUUAGGAUCUCCCCACACCGGAACCCCACGGCAGCUUCCGAGUCCCCCUUCAGCCCCCCACACCCCUACAUCAACCCGUACGUGGACUACAUCCGCUCCCUGCACAGCAGCCCGUCCCUCUCCAUGAUCUCAGCUGCUCGAGGGCUGAGUCCUACAGAUGCGCCCCAUGCUGGAGUGAGCCCGGCGGAGUACUAUCACCAGAUGGCCCUGCUGACAGGCCAGCGCAGCCCCUAUGCAGACAUUCUUCCCUCAGCUGCCACUGCCGGUGCGGGGGCCAUCCACAUGGAGUACCUUCACGCUAUGGAUAGCACCAGAUUUCCCAGCCCCAGGCUGUCAGCCAGGCCCAGCCGAAAACGCACACUGUCUAUAUCGCCACUGUCGGAUCAUAGCUUUGACCUUCAGACCAUGAUAAGAACAUCUCCUAACUCCUUGGUCACAAUUCUCAACAAUUCCCGUAGCAGCUCUUCAGCAAGUGGUUCCUAUGGGCACUUAUCGGCAAGCGCCAUCAGCCCUGCUUUGAGCUUCACCUACCCGUCUGCCCCCGUGUCUCUCCAUAUGCACCAACAGAUCCUGAGCCGACAGCAAAGCUUAGGCUCCGCAUUUGGACACAGCCCUCCACUCAUCCACCCUGCUCCAACCUUUCCAACACAGAGGCCUAUACCUGGGAUCCCGACGGUUCUGAAUCCUGUCCAGGUCAGCUCUGGCCCUUCCGAGUCCUCACAGAACAAGCCAACAAGUGAGUCCGCAGUGAGCAGCACUGGCGACCCUAUGCAUAAUAAGCGGUCCAAGAUCAAGCCCGAUGAAGACCUCCCCAGCCCAGGGUCACGGGGCCAGCAGGAACAGCCUGAAGGAACAACCCUAGUCAAGGAGGAGGGCGACAAAGAUGAAAGCAAGCAGGAGCCUGAAGUCAUCUACGAGACCAACUGCCACUGGGAAGGCUGCACGCGGGAGUUCGACACCCAGGACCAGCUUGUGCAUCAUAUCAAUAAUGACCACAUUCAUGGAGAAAAGAAGGAGUUUGUGUGCCGCUGGCUGGAUUGUUCCAGAGAGCAGAAGCCCUUCAAAGCCCAGUACAUGUUGGUAGUGCAUAUGAGAAGACACACCGGCGAGAAGCCACACAAAUGUACAUUUGAAGGCUGCACAAAAGCCUACUCGAGACUCGAGAACCUGAAAACGCACUUGAGAUCUCACACUGGAGAGAAGCCAUAUGUCUGUGAACACGAGGGCUGCAACAAGGCGUUCUCCAAUGCGUCAGAUCGGGCCAAGCACCAGAACAGGACACAUUCCAAUGAGAAACCAUAUGUAUGCAAAAUCCCUGGCUGCACCAAGCGUUACACAGACCCCAGCUCUCUCCGCAAACAUGUGAAGACCGUGCAUGGCCCUGAGGCUCAUGUCACCAAAAAGCAGCGUGGGGACAUGCACCCUCGGCCUCCGCCCCCGAGAGAUCCUGGCAGCCAUUCACAGUCCAGGUCCCCCGGCCGGCCACCUCAGGGAGCCUUUGGUGAGCAGAAAGAGCUGAGCAACACUACCUCAAAGCGGGAAGAAUGCCUCCAGGUGAAGCCUGUCAAGGCCGAGAAGCCCAUGACAUCUCAGCCAAGCCCUGGUGGUCAGUCUUCAUGCAGCAGCCAACAGUCCCCCAUCAGCAACUAUUCCAACAGUGGCCUCGAGCUUCCUCUGACCGAUGGAGGUAGCAUAGCAGACCUCAGUGCAAUCGAUGAAACCCCAAUCAUGGACUCAACCAUUUCCACCGCGACCACAGCCCUCGCUUUGCAAGCUAGGAGAAACCCGGCAGGGACCAGAUGGAUAGAGCACAUCAAACUUGAAAGGCUAAAACAAGUGAACGGAAUGUUUCCAAGGCUGAACCCUGUUCUACCCUCCAAAGCCCCUGCGGUGUCUCCUCUCAUAGGAAAUGGCACACAGUCCAAUAACAACUACAGUACAGGUGGGCCCGGCACCCUUCUCCCGAGCAGAGGUGACCUGUCGGGCGUAGACUUCACCGUGCUGAACACGCUCAACAGGAGGGACAGCAGCACCAGCACCAUCAGCUCCGCCUACCUGAGCAGCCGGAGAUCCUCCGGCAUCUCCCCCUGCCUGUCCAGCCGCAGGUCCAGCGAGGCGUCCCAGGCUGAAGGGCGACCCCAAAACGUGAGCGUCGCUGACUCCUACGACCCCAUCUCCACAGAUGCCUCACGGAGGUCCAGCGAGGCCAGCCAGGGCGAUGGGCUGCCCAGCCUUCUCAGCCUCACCCCCGUGCAGCAGUACCGCCUCAAGGCCAAGUAUGCUGCUGCCACGGGUGGCCCGCCACCCACACCCCUGCCCCACAUGGAAAGGCUGAGCCUAAAGACCAGGAUGGCCUUGCUAGGGGAGGGGAGGGACCCAGGGGUGACUCUGCCUCCAGUCCAUCCUCCUCGGAGAUGCAGUGAUGGAGGAGGCCACACAUACAGCCGGCGUCACCUCCUGCCUCAUGAUGCACUAGCGAACAGUGUAAGGAGAGCCAGUGACCCUGUGAGGACGGUCUCCGACAACAUGUCACUUCCCAGGGUUCAGCGCUUCAGCAGCCUCCACAGCUUUAACUCUCCAAGUUUGCCUCCAUCAGUAGAAAAGCGUAGCUUAGUGCUGCAAAAUUAUACCCGGCUGGAGAGCAGCCAGCCCCGAUACUUCCAAGCAUCCCCUUGUCCGCCCAGCAUCACAGAGCAUGUCGCCCUGGAGGCCCUGACCAUGGAUGCUGAUGCCAACUUGAAUGAUGAAGAUUUCCUGCCAGAUGACGUGGUACAGUAUUUAAACUCCCAGAACCAAACAGGGUAUGGGCAGCAAUUACAGAGUGCCAUCCCUGAAGAUAGCAAAGUAGCCCAUGGGCCCGAGGACUUGGACCUGCCUGGGCCACCAGACAGUCAUGUUGGCCAGCAGUACCCGGUUCUUGAGCAGCCUUGCUCUGAGGCCAGCAAAACUGAUCUGCCCAUCCAGUGGAACGAGGUCAGUUCCGGAAGCUCUGAUCUGUCAUCCUCCAAGCUGAAGUGUGCUCAGCGCCCUACCGUACAGCAGGCUCGAGCCUUUGGGUUAUAUAACAAUAUGGUGGUACACCCACAGAGUCUGUGGAAGGGUGGAGCUGGCUCAGCUGUGGGGUAUCAGACCCUUGAAGAGAGCGGCAGUGCCUACGGUGGCCCAGAGCACUUUGCAAUGCACAGUGGGGAGGUACCUGGCCACAGUGGACAUGCUUUCCAUGAACAGCCAUAUAAGACGCAGCAGUAUGGGAGCCAGCUCAACAGGCAGCCACUGACGUCCAGUGCACUAGACAGUGCCUGUGCUGCUGGCAUCCAAGGGUCCAAGCUGAAAGGCAACACCUUGCAAGAGAAUGGGAAUUUGCUAGAUUUUGGCCUGUCCACGGCACCAAAUGAGUUAGCUGGCAAUACAGUGAAUGGCAUGCAAACCCAAGAUCAAAUAGGCCAGGGGUACAUUGCUCAUCAUCUACUAGGUGGCAGCAUGCAACACCAGGGAGCCAGCCGCCCUGGCCAACCAAUCCUAGGGCAAGUUGGUGCUACCUCACAUAUUAACAUCUAUCAAGGGACGGAGAGCUGUCUGCCAGGGACUCAGGACAACAGCAGCCAGCCAUCGAGCAUGGCAGUUGUCAGGGGUUACCAGCCCUGUGCCAGCUAUGGGGGCAGCAGGCGCCAGGCAGUGCCAAGGGGCAGCCUCACUCUGCAACAAGUACAGCUCAGUGACAUGAGUCAGACCGGCAUCAAGAUGGAGGCACAAGGGCAGUCGCAGCAGCUCUGCUCUAGCAUGCAGAAUUACUCCGGUCAGUUCUAUGACCAAACCGCGGGCUUCAGUCAGCAAGACAGGAAAGCUAGUUCAUUCUCCCUUUCAGAUGCCAACUGCCUGCUCCAGGGGACUGGCACUGAAAACUCUGAGUUACUUUCCCCAGGUGCUAACCAAGUGACAAGCACAGUUGACAGCUUUGAUAGUCACGACCUAGAAGGAGUGCAGAUUGAUUUUGAUGCCAUCAUAGAUGAUGGGGACCAGACCAGCCUAAUGUCAGGGGCCUUGAGCCCAAGUAUCAUUCAGAACCUUUCCCACAGCUCCUCCCGUCUCACCACCCCACGGGCGCCCCUCCCGUUCCUCCCUGUCCAUGAGCACCACCAACAUGGCUAUUGGGGAUAUGAGUUCUUUGCUGACCUCUCUUGCAGAAGAAAGCAAGUUCCUUGCAGUUAUGCAGUAGGCAGUAGGCAAGGAGGAUCACAAAUAGAGAUUUUUUUCAAAAUUAGGACUUGAAAGAUUGAGUUGACUCUC